AUGGAGGAUGGUUCGUCGUGCAAGAAAAACAAACCACCAUCUUGCGGGAAUCUCGUAAGCAUCCUUAGCCUCGAUGGCGGCGGAGUCCGAGGAAUCAUCGCUGGAGUGAUCCUUGCUUAUCUCGAGAAACAACUUCAGGAACUCGAUGGACAAGACAUGAGGAUAGCUGAUUACUUCGAUGUUGUAGCCGGAACUAGCCCGGUGGUCUCAUGA